UUUGGAAGACUGAAUGGACUAAACAUGAAGAGUCUGAAGGCGAAGUUCAGGAAGAGUGAUACCAACGAGUGGAACAAGAAUGAUGAACGCUUGCUGCAGGCCGUGGAGCAUGGAGAUGUCGAGAAGGUGGCCUCGCUGCUGGGCAAGAAGGGAGCCAGUGCCACCAAGCACGACAGUGAGGGCAAGACCGCUUUCCACCUCGCUGCUGCCAAAGGACACGUGGAAUGCCUCAGGGUCAUGGUGACGCAUGGUGUGGAUGUGACAGCCCAAGAUACUGCCGGACGCAACGCUUUACACCUUGCAGCCAAGAACAGCCACCAUGAGUGCAUCAAGAAGCUCCUUCAGUCUAAAUGCCCGGUUGAAAAUGUUGACAGCGCUGGGAAAACAGCUUUACACUACGCAGCGGCGCAGGGCUGCCUCCCCGCUGUGCAGGUUCUGUGGGAGCACAAGAGCCCGGUCAACCUCAAGGAUUUAGACGGGAAUAUACCACUGCUGCUCGCAGUGCAGAAUGGCCACAGCGAGGUCUGUCGUUUUCUCCUGGAUCACGGAGCAGAUGUCAAUUCCAGAGACAAAAAUGGAAGAACUGCUCUCAUGCUGGCCUGUGAGAUCGGCAGCUCUGACAUCGUGGAAGCCUUACUUAAAAAGGGUGCAGACCUAAACCUUGUAGAUUCUCUUGGACACAAUGCCUUACAUUAUUCUAAACUCUCAGAAAAUGCAGGAAUUCAAAGCCUUCUAUUAUCAAAAAUCUCUCAGGAUGCUGAUAUAAAGACUCCAACAAAACCAAAGCAGCAUGAUCAAGUCUCUAAAAUAAGCUCAGAAAGAAGUGGAACUCCAAAAAAGCGCAAAGCCCCACCACCUCCUAUCAGUCCAACCCAGUCGAGUGAUGUGUCUUCCCCAAGAUCAAUAACUUCAACACCACUUUCAGGAAAGGAAUCAGUAUUUUUUGCUGAACCACCUUUCAAGGCUGAGAUCAGUUCUAUACGAGAAAACAAGGACAGACUAAGUGACAGUACGACAGGUGCUGAUAGCUUGUUGGACAUCAGUUCUGAAGCUGACCCACAAGAUCUUCUUGUUCUAUUGCAAGCAAAAGUCGCUUCCCUCACAUUACACAAUAAGGAGUUACAAGAUAAACUGCAGGCCAAAUCGCCCAAGGAGGCAGAAGCAGACCUCAGCUUUGACUCCUACCAUUCCACCCAGGCUGACUUACCGCCAUCGCUGAGCAAGGCCAGUGGGGCUUCUCCCCCAGAACCCAAGCCGCCUCUGACUGCCUCGGCAGAUCUCGUGGGCAGAUCCACUGCUGACAGCGAUGUUAGAAUUCAGCAGCUCCAAGAGGUUUUACAGGACUUGCAGAAGAAACUAGAGAAUUCUGAAGCCGAGAGGAAGCAGCUACAGGCUGAGCUGCAGGCCCGAAGGACAGACGCUGUGUGCAUGAACAGCACGGAGAUUUCAGAGAAUGGCUCUGACCUCAGCCAGAAACUGAAAGAUACUCAGAGCAAGUAUGAGGAGGCCAUGAAGGAAGUGCUCAGCGUGCAGGAGCAGAUGAAACUGGGUCUCGUGUCGCCAGAGAGUAUGGAGGAGAGCUCUUCCCAUUUCCACAAGCCAAGGGGCAUGGAGGAGGAGCUGGGUAUGCUGAAGCAGGACCUGCAGAAUGCUUUAGAAGAAAGUGAGAGAAAUAAAGAGAAAGUGAGAGAGUUGGAGGAAAAACUUGCAGAGCAGGAGAAGGGUGCGGGGACCAAGCCUCCCGGGGAAGAGUACGAGGAGAUGAAAAGUUCAUAUUGCUCUGUUAUUGAGAAUAUGAAUAAGGAGAAGGCGUUUUUGUUUGAAAAGUACCAAGAGGCCCAAGAAGAAAUCAUGAAAUUAAAAGACACACUGAAAAAUCAGCUAACCCAGGAAGCCAAUGAGGAAGCUGAGGACAUGAAGGAGACCAUGGGCAGGAUGGUUGAUGAACUCAACAAGCAGGUGAGCGAGCUAUCCCAGCUGUACAAGGAUGCCCAGGCUGAGCUGGAAGAUUACAAGAAGAGGAAGUCCCAGGAGGACCUGACAGCUGAAUACAUCCAUAAAGCCGAGCACGAGAAACUGAUGCAAGUGACAAAUGUGUCUAGGGCUAAAGCGGAAGAGGCACUUCAUGAAAUGAAGUCUCAGUACUCCAAGGUGCUGAGUGAGUUGACCCAGCUCAAGCAACUGGUGGAUGCACAGAAAGAGAACUCCGUCUCGAUCACAGAACACUUGCAAGUGAUAACCACGCUGCGGACCUCUGCCAAAGAGAUGGAAGAGAAAAUCAGCAUCCUGAAGGAGCACCUUUCCAGCAAGGAAGAGGAAGUGGCAAAGCUAGAGAAGCAACUUGUGGAAGAGAAAGCGGCUAUGACCGAUGCAAUGGUACCCAGGUCUUCCUAUGAGAAGCUCCAGUCUUCCUUGGAGAGUGAAGUGAGUGUGUUGACAUCCAAGCUAAAGGAUUCAGUGAAAGAGAAAGAGAAGGUCCACUCGGAGGUGGCUCAGAUUAGAAGUGAAGUCUCCCAAGUGAAGAGGGAGAAGGAAAAUGUUCAGACACUCUUGAAAUCCAAAGAGCAGGAAGUAAAUGAACUUCUGCAAAAAUUCCAGCAAGCUCAAGAUGAACUCAUGGAGCUGAAAAGAUUCUCUGAGAACUCUUCAAAACUGGAGGAAGAUAAAGAUAAAAAGAUAAACGAGAUGGCGAAGGAAGUCACCAAGUUGAAGGAGGCCCUGAACAGCCUCUCGCAGCUCUCUUACUCAACGAGUUCAUCCAAAAGACAGAGUCAGCAGCUGGAGGCCUUGCAGCACCAAGUCAAGCAGCUCCAGAACCAGCUGACGGAAUGCAAGAAACAGCAUCAGGAAGUUGUAUCGGUCUACAGAAUGCACCUUCUGUAUGCUGUACAGGGUCAGAUGGAUGAAGAUGUCCAGAAAGUACUGAAGCAAAUCCUCACCAUGUGUAAAAACCAAUCCUCAAAGAAGUAAAAGUGGAGUCCUUGG